GUGACGCACCCCGGAACUUGGUGACGUCCCAGAACAACAAAGAUGGCAGGAAUAGGUGGCAGCAACUACUGGGAAGAUCUGCGGAAGCAGGCCAGACAGUUGGAGACUGAACUUGACUUAAAGUUGGUCUCUUUCAGCAAGCUGUGCACCAGCUACAGCAGCACCAGGGAUGGACGUCGAGGAGACACGUCAGACACCACCCCACUGUUAAACAACUCCACCCAGGACAGGAUGUUUGACACCAUGUCGGUGGAGAUUGAACAGCUUUUGGCAAAACUGACUGCAGUGAAUGACAAGAUGGCAGAGUACACAAACGCACCGGGAACAACUUCUAUCAAUGCUGCACUAAUGCAUACACUACAGAGGCACAGAGACAUCCUACAGGAUUACACACAUGAAUUCCACAAAACCAAAGGCAACUUCUUGGCCAUCCGGGAAAGAGAAGACCUGCUUGGUUCUGUCAGGAAAGACAUUGAGACAUACAAGAGUGGCUCGGGGGUCAACAACAGACGAACAGAGCUGUUUCUGAAGGAGCAUGAGCAUCUGAGAAACUCGGACAGACUGAUGGAUGACACAAUAAGUAUUGCAAUGGCAACCAAGGAGAACAUGACCUCUCAGAGGGGCAUGCUGAAGUCCAUACAGAGCAGGGUCAACACGCUGGCCAACCGUUUCCCUACCAUCAACAACCUCAUCCAGCGAAUCAACCUGCGGAAGAGAAGAGACUCUCUCAUCCUUGGAGCAGUGAUCGGCGUCUGCACCAUCCUCCUCCUGCUUUACGCUUUUCACUGAACACCCAGACAUUUGUGAGAUCUUUAAAACAGCAGGAUCGCUCUGCUCUUUUGUAGCUUGGGACCCCCGGGACACUGAGCUCAGUGGAUGGAGGAACAAGGAGACCUCCCUGAGCCUAAGGACUUUGAGUUGGUCCAGUUCUUACGUAAGAACAAAUAUGACCAAACAUGAACUGCUGAACUUGUAUUUAGUGGUGGGACUGAUGGAGGGCUGUGGUUGGGUGCUCUUCUGCCAACACAGGAGUGAAGACCAGAAGUACAAAUAAGACGUGAUUUUAAACAGAUUCUAUUGUUAACUCACUUUAAACUGAGUGAAGUUUGAUGAGACUGUGACUGUAUGUGACACAUUUUGAUUUCACAGGUGAGAGGAUUUUUAGUUGAAUGGUCCUUUUUAAAUGAUGAAGUUGGGAUGGAAGGAUCAUUAUGGGCUGUAAAAUGUGAAUUAAUAAAUUAUUCAUAUCAGUAUGUGUAAAAGAGUGUGUGAAACUAUUAAUUACUAAAAUAUGAAUAUCACAAAAUACAUGAUUUUAACUCUACUAAAAAGUGCAUGGGCCCUUCAUUUGUGAGAAGGGCGUGUUAAAAUGAACUACCUGUAUAAUUGAUAUUACAUUUCCAUG